AUGUUAAGUCCAAUAUAUUAUUGUGAUAAAAUAUAUUCACCUUACAGUAAUAGUGAUAUUGAAAUUAUUUCUCCAGAAAAUUAUAAUAUUCAUGUAGCUGAAUUAAAAGCAAAAUUUGAAGAUAUAACAAAUUUAACAGAAAAUAAAAAAAGCUUGAUAACUAAGAAACGACUUAAUAAAAUAUCUGUCCAAAAAUUAUUAAAAUCUCGUGGAUUUAUUAAAGGUAAUGAGAUAACUUAUGGUGCUUUGGUACUUCCUGAUUAUAACAAAUCUGACAAUUGUAUUGAAAGAGAUAACAAUAGAUAUUAUGAAAAAAAGGAAAUAAUUUGGACACCAAUAAGACAUCAACCAAAUAUUAAAGUUAGUAAUUUAAUGAAAAAUCUUGAAGAUCUUGAAAAACAAGGUUGUCUAAAGACACCAAGCAGAUUUUUAAAAAAAGCUUUUGAAAAUUUUAGAUUUGAAACAAUAUCAUCUCCAGUCACUUCUAAUAAUAAUUUAUCAUCAAACAUGGAGAUAGAAAAAGAUUUAAAAAAAAAAAAAUUGUUUAAAAAAUCUAAAGAAACACUUAUACCUAUUUUUAAUAAAAGAAUAUCACCACAAGGAUUUAAUUUUACAAAAUCUAGUCUUGAAAAAUUACACAAAAUGAAUAAUAAGAAGAUUAAAGAAAGUGGAGAUACUAUAAAAACUAAAGGCUUUUGUAAAAAAUUAACACAAAUUAUUGAAUAUAAAAAACUAACAAAAAAAUCAAAAAUUCCUAUAAUAUCCAAAGAAACACAUUCUUCUAAUUAUGGAUCAACUAUAAUAAAAAUUUAA